UAGCAUGGGGUAACGCAUGAGGUAAUAACUUGCUGAAAGAUAUUACUCGCUUCCUAAAUACCUACCUAGGUAUGGAAAAGGGUGGGGUGGGUACAGGAAUCAUGACACCGUCCGGUUAGUUCCCGUACGGUCGGGUCGAGACUAUCGAUUAACAUCUGACGGCGAGAUCCAGAAGAGGCUAUACGGCGGCAUAGGAUAGCUUCCAUAAUGGUUAUAUAAAGAAAGAGCUGCAUUAUCAGAUAGCAUAGACAUAGUAAUGCGACAUAGCUUCACAUCUCCUCUACAACUUCUUUGAUAGCUUUCAGUACGUGUUCUUUAAGAUGCCUCAAGCAAAGAGAUCUCUCAAUGUCCUUGUCGUCGGUGCGGGGUUAGGUGGUCUUGCAACUGGUCUCGCCCUUCAAACUGAUGGCCAUAAAGUUCGCAUAAUUGAUGCGGCGCCAGAAUUCGCCGAGGCUGGUGCAGGCAUUCGGGUACCCCCUAAUUCAAGCAGACUUCUGCUUCGCUGGGGUGUUGAUCUGGAGAAAAUGAAGAAAUCGGUAUCAAGGCGGUACCAUUUUGUUCGAUGGCAAGAUGGAUCUACUAUGGUUAAGCUACCAUUUGAUAAUAUCGUUGAGACACAUGGUGCUCCGUAUUACCUCGUACAUCGCGCAGACCUUCACGAAGCUCUCCUAACAGCGGCACGGAGAGCUGGUGUCGAGGUACUCAAUCAGAAGCGAGUUGUUUCGUAUGACUUCGAAGCCCCGAGCGCUACAACACAGAACGGCGAAGUAUUUACGGCGGAUUUGGUAAUUGGCGCCGACGGGAUUAAAUCCAUUGCAAGACCUUUACUUACAGGUCAACCCGACAUUCCCCGCGAUACGGGAGAUGUGGCAUAUAGGAUACUCAUCCCAGGAGAGAAGUUGCUUGCGGAUCCCGAACUGGCAGACUUAAUCACGGACCCUUGUACCACUUCUUGGUGCGGACCGGACGCGCAUCUUGUUGGUUAUCCUAUCCGCAAUGGCGAGUUAUAUAAUAUCGUCGUGUGCGCGACGUCGUAUAACGAGACUACCGAUGAAGUAUGGGUGAUUAAGGGAGACAAUCGCGAACUCUGCAACCGAUUUGGUCAGUGGGAGUCUCGCGUGCAAAAGCUAUGCGCCCUUACAGGCGACUUUAUGAAAUGGAGGCUUUGCGACUUACCUGAUUUAUCGCGUUGGGUACACACCUCUGGUAAAGCUGUGCUUCUUGGUGACAGCUGCCAUCCCAUGCUUCCAUAUCUUGCUCAGGGUGCCGCCCAAUCGUUUGAGGAUGCUGCUGCGCUUCGACAAUGUUUGGCAAUGGAUAUAGAUCUUAAAAGCGCACUAGAGCGUUAUGAAGCAGCUCGUAAGCCACGAGCGACUCUCGUCCAGGCUAAGACGCGGGAACACCAAUACAUUUUGCACAUUGACGACGGCGAAGAGCAAAAGUUACGCGACCAGAAACUGCAAAUUAAUGGCGACGAGAAUCCUGUAUUCUGGGGAUAUGAUGAGAGACGAAAAUGGUUAUUUAGUCAUGAUGCUGAAGUGUUGGCGAAGGAGGGUGCAAAUUGGCAAAUGUCCGCCUCGGGAGCUGGGGUUACCGCUCAUUGAAAUCUGGUAUGUCGGAUAUUAAUC